AUGUUGGUAAAGGCAGUAACUAUCGUCACCGCCUACAUUCUCGGCGCUACUGCAUUUGCACCUUCCCGGUUUGACCGGCGAUCGCCCUCACCAUGCUCAGGCAACACCCCUGCAGAUCGGUCGGCAUGGUGCUCUUACUCUAUAAAGACGGAUUAUACUCGUGAGGUUCCGGAUACGGGUGUAACCAGGGAGUAUUGGCUGGAUAUCGUGGAUAUCAUCGCUGCGCCGGACGGAGUGUCGAGGCCAGCCAUGGCUGCAAACGGUACUAUCCCUGGGCCUACCCUUUUCGCAGAUUGGGGCGACACCGUCAUCGUUCAUGUAAAGAACUCUCUUCAUACCUCCAAGAAUGGCACAAGCAUACACUUUCACGGUAUACGUCAACUAUUUAACAACCAAAACGACGGAGUAGUUUCCAUGACACAGUGUCCUACACCAGUCAACGACACUAUAACCUAUACUUGGAGGGCGAUGCAGUAUGGGUCUACUUGGUACCAUUCACAUUUCGGGCUACAAGCGUGGGAAGGAGUAUUUGGCGGCAUCGUUAUUAAUGGUCCUGCAACAGCAAAUUAUGACGAGGACUUGGGCCCGCUCUUCCUGAACGACUGGGAUCAUGCCACCGCAAACCAGCGUUCUACUGUUCACAGGACCGACUUUCUCACCCCGCCGCUAGGGACGGGCUUGAUUAACGGCACCAACACAUACGGUAAUACUGGCCAGCGCCUCAACAUCCGCUUCGAAGCGAAUAAGACGUACCGCCUGCGGUUAGUCAACGCUGCCAUUAUCUCACAUUUCAAGUUCAUGAUAGACAACCAUGAUAUGACAAUUAUAGCUCACGAUCUUGUUCCCGUGAAGCCUUAUACUGUUAAAAUCCUAGACAUAACCAUGGGUCAACGAUAUGAUAUCUUGGUCACCGCCAAUCAAGCUGCUACGGCACGGCAGUUUUGGAUGCGGUCUAUACCUCUCGGGUUAUGUGGCGAUCCAAACUGGAAGUUUAAUGACAUUCGGGCUAUUGUGCAUUAUGACGACAACUGGACGCAACCAUCCACCUUGCCCUAUUUUUAUUCUCAACUAUGCGGCGACCAAACUAUGAAUGCUGUGCCGUACAUUGCAGAAAACGUGCAGCAACCAGAUGUGAGCGUCUCUGAGACUACAAGCUUUGACAAAAUAGAUGGAAUUUGGUACUGGACCUUAAAGGACGCCCCAAUGCUGAUCGAUUGGCAUGAUCCAACACUGAGCAAGAUACUGCGCCACGAAACUACUUUUCAGAAAAACGACUCGGUUAUCGAGCUGCCCGAGGCUAACAAGACGUUUUACUUGGUUAUCAAGAACCCUUUGUUUGUAGCUCAUCCUAUCCAUUUACAUGGGCACGACUUCUUUGUGCUUGGUCAAGGUGUUGGGCCCUACUUGCCCGGUAUUUCGCCUCUAAAAACCAAGAACCCCCCGAGGCGAGACACUGCUCUCCUUCCCGGAUCGGGCUACCUUGUUAUUGGUUUUGUUACAGAUAAUCCCGGUGUAUGGCUCAUGCAUUGUCAUAUCGGAUACCACGUCGACAUGGGAUUUUCACUUCAGAUUAUUGAGCGUGCUAAUGAAAUACCUGCUAUUAUCAAUCAAGACGAGCUCAAUGCAGGUUGUGCCGCUUGGUCAUCGUUCCAGCAAAGUAAUAAUAUAAUUCAAGACGAUUCUGGUGUUUAA